GCUCCUCCGUCCCGCCACAGUUUCUUAGGGUUUCUUUCGCAUUGUUUCUCCGAAUUGCAAUCCCCUCAUUCUCCACAAUAAACAGAUAGCUAGCUAAUAAAAUUGAGUCUGGUUACUCGCAAGUGCAAAUAUGUCGGUCACAGCUGGAGUGAGUGAUGCUGCAAUUGCUGUAAGGGCAAAACUACAAGGUGGUAUUGGACAGACUAGAGUGAGAAGGUAUUGGCCAGGAAAAGCUCCUGAGUGGGCUGAGGAAGCCGAAGAAGAUGAGGAUGUUAGGAUGCAGACGGUUUCUGUUUUGGAUAGAGCUUUUCAAAAGCAGGAUGAUUUGGGUGUUGCUAGGAAGGAUGAUCCGAGGCUGCGCCGUUUAGCUCAGACCAGAGUUGAAAACCGUGACGAAGUUAGAGCUGAUCAUCGGCGAAUUAGACAGGCUGAGAUUAUUUCUACGGAAGAAGAAGAUUCGAGGAAUCAAGAGACUAGAGACGAGGAUGAUGAUGAAGAUGCACUGGAAGAAAGAAGAAGAAGAAUUAGAGAGAAAAAUCUUAGAAGAGCACAAGAGGAGGCUGCUUUACUUCCUUUAGAAGAAGAAGAUGAGCUACAAGAGGAGGAAGAGGAGGAGGAGGAGUCCGAGUACGAGACUGAUUCAGAAGAUGAGAUGCCUGGUAUUGCCAUGAUUAAGCCUGUUUUUGUGCCAAAAGCUGAGAGAGAUACAAUUGCAGAGCGAGAGAGGCUUGAGGCUGAAGAAGAAGCUCUUGAGGAAUUAGCAAAGAGGAAACUGGAGAAAAGAAAAAUAGAGACAAAGCAAAUAGUGGUUGAGGAAGUUAAGAAAGAUGAAGAGAUACGGAAGAACAUUCUAUUGGAGGAAGCAAAUAUUGGAGAUGUGGAAACUGAUGACGAACUCAAUGAAGCUGAGGAGUAUGAAGUGUGGAAGACAAGAGAGAUCGGUAGGAUCAAGAGAGAAAGAGAUGCAAGGGAAGCUAUGCUGAGAGAGAGGGAAGAAAUAGAGAAGUUGAGGAAUAUGACAGAGCAGGAGAGGAGAGAAUGGGAGAGGAAGAAUCCGAAACCUUCAUCAACUCAACCGAAAAAGAAAUGGAACUUUAUGCAAAAAUACUACCACAAGGGUGCCUUCUUCCAGGCAGAUCCUGAUGAUGAGGCAGGUUCUGCUGGAACCGAUGGUAUAUUUCAGCGCGACUUCUCUGCUCCAACCGGAGAAGAUAGGUUGGACAAAUCGAUUCUGCCAAAAGUUAUGCAAGUCAAGCACUUUGGUCGCAGUGGAAGAACUAAAUGGACUCACCUUGUCAAUGAGGACACAACAGAUUGGAGUAACCCGUGGACUUCCAAUGAUCCUCUACGGGAAAAAUACAACAAGAAAAUGGCAGGCAUGGAUGCUCCAAUUGCAAAACCAAAAGGGAGCAAGAAGAUGAAAGAUUGGGAGACUUAAAACCGCACCAACAUUUAGUUGAGUUUUAAUCCAAAACGAUGCAGAAGUGGUAUGUCGUAGUCAAAAACAUCUUACUCAGUUAUGUCUGAGUUCUCUGAAUCGCAGUAGUAAAAAAAUGGGAUAUUGCUUUGUGACUACCAUAAGCUCGUGGCCAACAUCUGGUCCUUUGUAUCGGAUCUAUUAUGGAUCAAUCAAGAUUUUCUGCUUGU